UUGUCAACAUCCCUUGUCUUAAGUAGGUAGAUCGAUUAUUGGCUGGUCCGCGUUGAUAUUCACAUUUACUAUUACAUAAUAAUCAAUGUCAACGGAAACUUCUAGUUCUAUCUCAUUAAAAGGUUCUGCUGAAUUAUUAACAGAUUAUUUUUUUUAUGCAUUAAAUAGUAUUUUAUAUCAACGUGGUAUUUAUCCAUCAGCAUCAUUUAAACAAAAUAUUAAAUAUGAUUUAAGUGUACUUGUUACAACGGAUGAAAAUCUUAUCAAAUAUUUAAAUGUUAUAUUAAAUCAAGUAAAAAAUUGGUUAGAAGAUGGAAGUGUACAUCGACUUGCAUUAAUAAUUAAAUCAGUAAAAACUGAUGAAGUAUUAGAAAGAUGGCAAUUUGAUAUGACAACUGAAAAAACAGAUACUAGUAAUUCAGUUGGGACAAAAUCUUUAGCACAAAUACAAAGUGAAAUUCAAGGUGUAAUACGUCAAAUUGUUGCUUCAAAUACAUUUUUACCAGUAUUAAAUAGUUCAUGUAAGUAUAUUUAUACUUUUAUGCUUAAACUUAUUUGAUGUGAUUAAUUCAUUAUUAAACUAGUUAGUUGAUCAUGAACACAGUGAACGUGAGUGCUGUUAGAGGUAUAAGGGGGGUUAUCACUUUCCGGUUUCCCACACUGUGAAAGGGUUCUUCUGGAGGUACCUGAAAAGGAAAUUGGAUUAGAGGGUGGUCUUAGUUAUCUGAGAGCGUGAUCGCAAUAUCUAAGGGACAACUACUUAAGGUCGGUCACACAUGACUCUUUAGUGAGUAAUUUACGUGUUAGCUCGGUAUUUAUUGAGACCUUACCGCUGGAGACGGAUAUCUGUGGGAUAAGGCGAGGUAUGCAUUUUUGGGAAGGCAACAUCGCUGUUAUGCUGGUUGUCUGAAGGCAACACCUUACUACUGUCACACCCCUGUAUAGUCAUCAGUACGACUUCGUUUUCGCACCUUGGGUUUGCUGCUUUUAGUCUUACCGUUCUUCAACCGACCUGUCUGGUAUGGCAGGACCUUGAGAAACGAUUUUUCCAGCCAGUAUAGCUCGAUUGAUUCAUCACGAUAGGCAAGCUCGAUCAUCACGUCAAGGUGGCAACUGCUUUUAUGAGUCCGGUGUUCGUCUUGCUAUUCUAAUGAGGUAUAGCAACUUGAACCGAUGCAUAUAUG